CAAGGAGCCAACAAAUCAAAUGAGAUGGGAUCUCCUAACUUGUGAUCAGCCGCAAGAAAAGAAGGCAAGUCGGCAGCCAAAAAAAAAGCAGCACAUGACUACGGCCAAUUCAAAACAAAACAACAAAAAUAGGAAGCUACAAUCAACCAGUUGCAAGGAGAUGGGAUGGGGAGCAAAAUCAUUUGCUGGGAAGAGCAAUAAAAGGUCGGCAGUAGGAGAGAAAAAAAUUGACACCCGCAGCUCUUGGCAACAGGGUAAGGGCAGUUCUUUGCAGAGAGAAGAUAUAGCAGCUGGCCGGAAGGGAAGAAACGCAGGACGAAAACCGCAGCCAGCUACUCCAUGUUCAUUCAUCUUUCAAUCUUAGUUGUUAAGGUUUUGUGUUAAAUUUCUUCUUUAAUUUCAUGUUUGAGUAAGCUUUAAAUUUCACUCUUGGAUUAUUUAUCAAUUGGAACUACUCUUAAGUUUGAUUUUGAACUAUUAUUAUGUUGAAUGAAUUUGUAUUUGAAUUAUAUGUUUCCUUGUAUUACUUUAGCUCCUCCAUUAAUUGUA